CGACUUGUAUUGGAAAUAGUUCUUACAAUUUUAUUAUUCAGUUUUUGUUUUGCAGCUUACUCAAAAAAUGCAAUAUUCAAAAUCACACAAUUUAUUAUAUGUUCCCAAAAAUCAUAAAAUGAGAUGCGACAUUUCACAGAAUUUGAAGCUGGCGCUCAAGGGUGAAACCAAGGCCACUGUCGAGUCCAACAUUAAGUUCAGGUAUUGGAACCUCUGCAUUGCAUCGGUGUGUAAUUUCAUUAUGAUAUUCCUAUAUCGUCGCAAAUUUGGUGAAGGCCACCCUGUUUUCAAACUCCCUGCUCAAUUGCCAAUUAAUCCGAAUGCCGCGCCCAAGCACAAUACAAUAUUAUUAUUCUCAACAUAGCGGCUAUUAACUGCCUGGAAGCUCAAUCCUCACUGGGUAAAAUCAGACUAAAAAGAAGAUGGAGGACUUUGUCCAAAACUCUAUAAAUAUUUUUUAGAUUUCCAACGUUAAAUUAUCACACAGAUUUUGUGCUCAUUUGUACAAAAAAUGCCAAGACGAGGG